GACGUCAUCACGCGGCUACUUAGCCGUGCGUGAACCGGCGGCUCGUGCGUGACCCCGGCGGCCCGUGCCGCUUCCCCGCCUCCGCCCUCCGGCACUUUCCCGUCCGGGGUCGGGGUCCUGGCCGCGGGCAGCGUGCGAUGCCCCCGGUCCGAGCCAGGGCAGGAAGGCCCGGUGGCCACCCGCUCCCCGCAGAGGCAUGACAGAGCCGAAGGCCGCUGGCGCCGCCGCCGCCUCCUCCCGGGCCCCGCUGCGCUGCCUCCCGGAGCCAGGCCCUGCCCUGGGGCCCCGCCUCCUGGCGCGGCGGGGAAUCGGGCUGCGAUCUGGCCGCUCCGGGCCCGGCCCUCUUCGGCUUCCAUCCCUCAGGUUUUAAUCUAAUUUGAAAAUGAGUAAGUGGAAGAAGACUUCGGGUGAUCAGGCAGGAGGCCUUGAAAAGUUCAGUCCUGAUGUUCUUGCUGAUGUCUCUGAACUCUUUGCCAAAAAGUUUUCCUACGGUAAACCACCCAGUAAUGAGUGGCAGUUACCAGAUUCCAAUGAUGUUUUUACCUGUGAUCACUUGGAAUUCAAUUCACUUCUUGUUUUGAAGAAUUCCAUGAAUGAAGUAAAGAACUUACUGAGCGAUAAAAACCUAGAUGAUUGGCAUCAGCACACUUCUUUCACCAACAAAGCUGGGAAAAUCAUUCCUCAUGUGAAAAAGAUCGUAAAUGCAGAACUUUGUACUCAGGCUUGGUGUAAGUUCCAUGAGGUAUUAUGUAGCUUCCCACUUAUUCCACAAGAAGCUUUUCAGAAUGGAGAGCUAAACUCAGUACACCUUUGUGAAGCUCCUGGCGCAUUUAUAGCCAGUCUCAACCACUAUUUAAGAUCUCAUAAUAUACCCUGUGAUUGGAACUGGGUAGCUAACACCCUGAAUCCUUACCAUGAAGCAAAUGACAACCUUAUGAUGAUUAUGGAUGACCGACUUAUUGCAAAUACCUUGCCAUGGUGGUACUUUGGUCCAGAUAACACUGGUGAUAUCAUGACCCUGAAACAUUUGACCGGGCUUCAGCAUUUCAUAAGCAACAUGUCUCCUGUUCACUUGGUCACUGCAGAUGGGAGUUUUGAUUGUCAGGGAAAUCCAGGUGAACAAGAAGCUUUGGUCUCCCCUUUGCAUUACUGUGAAGUAGUCACUGCGCUGAUGACUCUUAGUAGUGGUGGCUCUUUUGUUUUGAAGAUGUUUACCUUAUUUGAACAUUGUUCUAUCAACUUGAUGUACCUGUUAAAUUGUUCCUUUGAGGAGAUUCAUGUUUUCAAACCUGCUACUAGCAAAGCUGGGAACUCAGAAGUCUAUGUAGUUUGUCUUUGUUAUCUGGGGAGAGAGGCCAUCCAUCCUGUGUUGACUAAAAUGAUGCAUCAUUUUGGAAUUGAAAUUAUCAAUAAAGCUCUUUUCCCCCAACAUACAAUUCCAGAAUCGUUUCUCAAAAGACAUGAAGAAUGCUGUGUCUUCUUUCACAAGUAUCAGUUGGAGACUAUUUCUGAAAAUAUUCGUCUGUUUGAAUGCAUAAGUGAAGUGGAACAAGCCAGGCUGAAUAAUUUAAGGGACUGUGCUGUGGAGCACUACAUGCAAAAGUUCCAAAUGAAGCGCCUUUCCAAAAGUAAUUGGCUAGUAAAGAAAUCCAAUAUUGGGUGUAGUAUGAAUUCAAAAUGGUUUGGACAAAGAAACAGAUAUUUUAAAACCUAUAAUGAAAGAAAGAUGCUAGAAGCGCUUUCAUGGGAAGAGAAGAUGGCCAAUGGCUACUUCAACCAUUGGACUGAAGAGCACGCUAUAAGUAAUACUGGGAAAAAUACCAUUUUAGAAAGUGUUUGCUGUAACCUUGAAUAUCACUUGUGGUAUGUCUUAGAGGGAAUGAAAUUACCAAAGGUAAAGUGUUCUCCUUUUUGUGAUGGGGAGAUUUUAAAAACUCUAAAUGAAGCCAUCGAAAAGUCAUGGGGUGGUGCUCUGAAUUUGGGUUCCACAAUUAGACAAAAGCCACAGCAUUGUUAUUCUUGCCACAUACUUUCUGUAGAGUUGAUUUUCUCUGAGUUGUUGAGUCUUACCAAGGGCUCUCAGGAGGAGUCAGCCGAAGGACUGAGCAACAAAAUCAAGUGUCUGCUGGUGGGUUUGCCGCCUCCCGAUAACAACACCUUUGAGGCUGUAGAAGUAAGCCUUUUGGAGUCCACCGACCUCAUGAAUUUCCACUGUUCUUUGCUUCAUGAUGGAGAGCCCAGCUAUCAGCAGGUAUUUCUGGACUGCUUUCUGCGUUGCCUGCCUCGACUUCAGCCAGGGGACGCUUUGAUCUUGCCUGUGCUGUCCUGUUUUACCCGGUUCAUGGCUGGCAUGGUCUUGGUCCUGCAUAGCUGCUUCAAGUUCGUCACGUUUUCUUGUCCAAUUUCCUCCGAGCCCCUGAGCACUUGUGCGGUCCUUCUGUGUGUUGGCUAUCGGGACCUCCCAACGCCUGUUCUCCAGUACUUGCAGAAUCUGAAAGAACUGAUGAGCACGUUGCUUGGCUCUGAUGCUUCCCAUCAGGUUUUGCAGUUUGUGCCAAUGGAAGUUGUCCUUAAUGGAAUGCUGCUAGAGUUUUUAUGGGAUUUAAACACUGCCAUUGCAAAAAGGCAGUUGCAUUUGAUCAUUCAAGGAGAACAACAGCAGAAAUCCACACUGUAAAAGUGCAGACAGUGCUUUUUACCUUGGCUGUGUCUUUAGAUUUGAAAAUUCCAUUUUGAUUUAUUUUAAAGCCUCAGGGACUUCAGUUUGGGGAAAGCUAGGUCUCCUUCAAGGUCUCUUUGGUUUCACACAGCUUCUCAUUUUCUGUAACUUUAAGGUAUACACCCAUAAGCUGAAGGUUCUUCCAGCUUUUGGAAAGUUGAUUCAUAUGAUGUUCAGCUGCUAGACUUGGAAUGUGUGGGGGAGAAGGUGGGGAGGGUGUAUGUGUGUGUGUGUAUCUGUUUGGAAGGAUAAUUAAUAGGGGCUAUGCCUGUGUGAAUUUAUCUAGAUGAGCUGAUUUCUUACUCAUAAUAGGCAAGAUAUAGUAACCUUAUAACACUAAAUCUCAUAUUUUAAAGUAUAAAAGCUCAUAUUGUUGGUGAGAGGAGAUGAAUCCAUCUGAACAACUCUUUAUUUCACCAUUUCAGCCUUGAUUUUCAGGGUGCUCAUAACUUUAGCCAAUAGUCAUCUUGCUCCAUUAUUCACAUAUCUGUAGUUGUGUAAAGCCAUUUCUAGAUGGGUAUUUGUGUGUAUUCUGGCCCAAACUACUUAACCAAAAUGGUAUUAGGAACAUUUGAACCAGCAAUCAUGUUUGAAAUUCAAAGGAAAAGUUAUUCAGCAUGCCUUAUAGACAUAUUUAUUUGUAUUAAAGACUUCACUGGGGAGUCAUGUAAUGUGUGUGAGAAAUGACUUCACAAUCAAUUAAUUCAAGAUUUUUUUUAGUGCAUAUUUAUAUAUCUGUAUGCUUAGAUACAUAAAUCUUCAUAUUGGGAACUUGGAAUAUAGCAUAAGGGGGAGGAGAAUGAAGUAUUGUGAAGGAAUGAUGGUUCAGUAAUAGUACUAUUCACUGUUUUGACAAUUUCAGUAGAAAACAACCUCAAAAAGAACAUUUAUGGAAGAGUUAGUCAACUAAACAAACUAGCACUGGAAGAGGGGGUGUGUGGUAAGGGAAGUCUUUAUUUAUUUAUUUUUUUGCUUUCUCACUUAAAUGUUAGGGAUAAUAGGAUUUCUGAUUGGAAAUAUUGGACAAGUCAACACUAGUUAAUAAUUAUGUGAUCCCCGUGGAUCAACAAAUUGGAGAAUAUCAUUUUGGCAUGUUCAUUUAAGACAUUUGGCCAUAUUAAAAAUAGAUGGCAUGCUCUGAUGGCUGAAGUAAUUUGAUAAAUAUUAUUUUGCAAAUUUUUCAUGUUCUUGGCUUGCUAUUUUGAGCUCCAUUACAGGUUUAUGAAUAAGUCACUUGCAGAGAGAAAUUUUAUUUUCAUUUAUUUAAGAAUAGAAGAGAAAGUUCGAAAAAUGUGACUCAUACAGACAUUUUCCCUUUAAGCAAAGCUUUGGGGUAGUUAACAGUGUUCUUUCAUUUACUGUGUCCUAAUUUGUAUUCAUUAAAAUUUAGGUUCUAAGAUUAUAAUUUACAUGGAACGACAUGCUCAGGGAAAGAGUUCUUAAGGGGAACAAAAAUAAAUGGAUUUAAUGUUGGUGUUCAGGAUGUUACAUCACUGCUUGUCUGGUAGCAGGAGUUAGGUUUGUAGAGGAAAUUAAUAUCUUGAUUAAUUACUGGUCAUUUUGUGGAAGAUUUUUUCUAACUGUAAAAUAGAGGAGCCUAAUAGAUAAUUCAUUAACAAGAGAAUUAGAAACUGUUGGAAAAUUAUUUUGUCUGGCAGCUCUGAGUGUGUAUGUGUGUUUGCUAGUUUGUUUUUUUUGUUGCCACUUUAACAAAUUCUGCUGUAUUAUUGAUCAGUGUAUGCUUUUAAAAAAAACUUUUGAUUAGCAUGAUUAGCAUGAGGUAGCAUGUCAUAUUGGAUAAAAAGAUGGCCUUGGGACCAGGAAGACCUGGGGCUGGCAUCUGUAUGACCCUAACUGGAUCUCUUAAUUGGUCAGUACUCUGGGCGGCUCUCUAGGAAGAUGGGGGUCAAGCCAAAUCUGGUUCACCAGUAAGAAUGUUUUUUAUAUUCUUAAAUACAGUAAAACUUUAUUUAAAAAUGUAAAAAACCAUUCUUAGCCCCUGGCUGUACAAAGACAAGUGGGUUGGCCAACCUGGGCAGUAGUUUGCUCAUCCCCACAGUAAGGAUAUAGGUUGCAGCUAAAGUGCUAAUCUGCAUUGGUAGAGAGUGUUUCUUUAUUUGAGUGUUACCUGUGUCCCUGAAAGCCUAGUCCCUGUCCUGUCUCCUGAACAGUAUGUGGUUAAAUUCUAAUUCUAAUUCUAAAACUGAAUUCCAAUAUUCUUGAUACUUAAGGAACUUCAAGGAAGCUUUUAAAAGCCUAGCUUUUUAAUAACCAGGAGUGGAUCUUUUAUUUCCUUCUUAAAGCACUUUUCAUCUAAUUUAUAACAUUUAAAUUCAAUCUGUAGGUGAGCCCCUAAAAUUAAAUGAUUUAGAUGCAGAUCUAACUUCCAGCAAUAAUUGGAAGUGAUUUCAGUUGAAGGAAAGAGGGUAUCCUUUUGUAUGAGAAGAGGAAGAAAGUUAAGAAAUCAGGUAUGUGGUCUGUGGUAGAUCAAAGAGUUGUGACAAGUUAGAUAAUGUCUAUGAAGUGCUUUGCAAAUCUUAAAGGGCUGUAUAAAUAUUAAUUAUUACAUUUUAUGUGGAUUGAGUUUUUAAAUUAAUUAUCUUCAGUGUGGUUUUUGAAAAGCAAUUAGCAGAACUCCACAUAUUUACUUUAGUUCCUCAGUAAAUUCAAGUUGAAAAGGAGCUGUUUUGUAAAUUUUGUUUCUCCAUUACAUAUUUAUAUUAGAGUAUGCUACUCCUAUGGGAGAAAAAUAAUUGUGGAACUUGUUAGGUUCUUUUUAUGAGUUGUAAUAAUAUUUAGAUGAUUUAAGUGGUAUUAAAUGUUUUUCCUCAAGUAAAAAUCAAGACAUUAUAAUUUGUUGUGUGUGAUAAUUGUUCUUAUAUUUGGAGUAUGUAUGUUAUUUUAUUCUAGUUUUCUAAAUUCUAGUUGAAGUAUGUAUAUGUUAUUCUAGUUUUUUUAUUGUAAAUCUUGAUAUAUAAAGAAAACUACUGAACGAGAAAAGCAAAGAAACUAUUAUUCAUUUUUGAUAAGCAUACAGAAUUUUAAAAUUGUUUAAAUCAUCUUAUCUCUUUUACUAUAAUUAAUUGAAGAGUAUUUGUAUUGGUUCUGAUACAUUAAGCAUAGGGGAAAUGAAUUUUUGGCUCAUACUUUAAGAAAUGAAAAGAAUUUAUAAUUAUAAUCUGAAUCAGAUCUGUUUUUUUCUGGGUAUUCUCCUUUUCAGUUUUCAGUAGAAGAUGCACGUUUAAGUGCUCUGUUGAUUGGUAUAAAAAGGGCAACACUGAAUUUAUUUACAUUUUUUCCUUGUAAUUUUUCAUGUGUACUAUAUUGAAAUGGUAUUUUUAAUGAAAAAUUAUUAUCUUUGUAAAUAAACAAUCUUAUUUAAUUUGCUGAAGCUUCUGGUUCUUUUUUUGCAUUUAUAUUUAUUUGUUAUAAAACAAAUCAUUUUGAGAGUAUGGUAACAAAAAUAUGUUUACCAUCUGCAUUUGAAGAUUUCCUUCCAUUCGCUUCUCAAUUAGGCCAAGAUUGAAACCUACUUUUGCAUACAAAACUUACUGAGGAAAAUAAAAAGUAACAAAAAAAUUACUAGUGAGUUUUCUCGAGGAUAGUAAACUUGCUUCAAAUGUUAAGGUUAUAAAACAACAAAAUACCUGUGAUUGAAUUACAGACUUAGAAUUACAAGGCCACCGAAUUAAUUGCAUUUAGUUGAUACCUGAAAGGAAUUCCCUUUAUAAUGCAUCUGGCAGAUGUUCAUCCAGCUUUUGCUUCAUAGAUCUCCAGUGAGGUGGAAACUACUACCUUCAAAAUCACCAUUGUAGAAAAUGCAAUUCACUGCACUUUUGGACAGUCCUGAUUGUUAGAAAUUUUUUUCUGAUACCAGCCUAAAUUUGACUCUUUGCAAUUUCUUUGAUUCCCAUUUCUGCCUUUUGAUGUCAAACAAAACAGAUUUCAUCCCUCUUCCACACAACAACCCUUUAUAUAAAGAGUACAGUUACUAUGUAUAUGUCUUUACCUUGCCCUCAUUUCUCUCCUUACCCUCACAUACUCCCCCUUUUCCUCCCAGCAGUUUUUCUUUAGCAUCCUGGUUGCUUUCUGGAUAUUAAGCUUAUCAAUAUCUUUCCUAAAUUUGACAUCUGGAAUUAAACAUUACUGCAGAUAUGAUCUGACAAGGAAGAAUACUGAGAUACUGUCUGUCACUUAUUCCUAGAAACUAAGCUGCAAUUACAGUUUAAGAUUGAAUUAGAUUUCUUUGGCUGCCAUAUUAUACCGCUGCUGUAUUGAAUUUGUAGUUUGCUAAAUCCCCUAGUGUUUUUUUUUUUAUUUUUAUUUUUGUUAUUCUGAGAGUGACAAACUGUAACAAAUAGAAUGUGAGCUUGAGAGCAGAACUAUUUGCCUUUCUAUGUAUUCCCAGCACAUAGUACAAUAAUUGAUGUAUAAUGAAAAUAAACAUUACAUAAAGAACAGAAAGGAUUGUAUAUAAAAUCACAUGUACAGCUUGUAUUUUUGAAAAGUAUGUAAUAAAGUCAUUAGUUUCAAAUGUG